UUCGUGGAAUCAAGAGUCAAAAUCCUCUCAAAAGAGAUCAUCGGCACAUGUUAUCAACGAAUCGUCAACAUGCACUCUUCUGUGGUUUAUUUAAUAGAAGACUCGGACGAUGAAGUACCACCACCAAAGCGGCACAGGAAAGAACCAGAUUCUCAACAAUCACAACCACGCAAGGAAGCGGCGCAUGUCGACGUCGACUUGACCGAGGAAAUCCCUAAACCCAUCGCUCGCCCUGCUUUUUCAAGUCUGCCACGUCCAACAAACCAUCUCUUAGGCUCACCAUUGAACGUUGGCCUCCUUCAACCAAGUUCACGCGUCCCACGGUGGUUUGACCCUCCAUUCUCCACGCGCAUUCCCUUCAACAGAGACGCCGAGACCAAUCGGCAUCCAUUUUUCUCGUCUAUCAGUAUAGGCCAUCGAUUGAACUCCUCUGAUCGUCCUGCUGGACAUGAUCAUCGCCCCUCGCAACAGAAUAAGAGCCAAGAGCCUCGAGGUUCCGGACCACUUCAAGCACACAGUUCUCCUGCUCGUCCACACACUCCACACUCUUCCCCAGCAAAGGAGCCACAGCUUCCACGUCCCAGCAGUGAGACUAUCAACCAAGUCCCUAGUAUUCAACGAGAUUCAACCGUAACCGACGCCACUCGCAGAGACAACCUCUAUUCCUGUUCCAACUGCCGCAAUCGAGGAUGUGUGUGCGAGCACUUUGCCAACAAGCAUUCCUCAUGUCUUCAGUGCUACAGAAGGGGCGAAUUGUGCGACUACCCCACCCUUUCCAGCCCGACGAUCCCACGGCGAUGGAGCCCAAACAGCAACCACUCCCCAGAAACUCAUCUGUCUUUGCAGACCCGCUUGAACCAUACUUUGCUAUCUCACACCUCACGUCUGCUCCUCUAUGGCCUCUCUAACAAAUCUAGUCCCACUCCUUCUCAGACUGCCCGUCCUACCCAGGAGAAAGUGAGGGCUGUACAUGCGCAAGAGCCUGUGCCUGAGCUCGACAGUGGCGCUGCUCAAGAAAAGCUUGAACAUGAGAUAACUCACACUCAACGUGAUAACGGAGUCUCCGAGACCACAGAAGUAACCAUUUCACCGAAAAUGCCUCCUGCUCAGAUUGAGUACGAUGUGGACAUGGAAGGAAUUACCAUGGUAGUGAACAAGUUACAGGAAAGCCAGCGAACUUGGAGAGAAAAAUUCGUUGAAUCUGAGCUCCGGCAAGCAGCGAUUGAUAUGAGGUCUCGCCGACUUCCAAAUCCUGGCCGCAAAACUCCCGACCCAUUCAAGCUGCAAUCCUCGCAGUCCUUUGAGUCGAUCGUGAACAAUGAGAAAACGCAGAGUAAGAAGUCUAGUGGACCUGUCAGUCUCGCAGUCGCGACCCGCUUCAAGACCCCAGGACCAGUUCUACCUCGGUACAAAGCUAUAGGCAGAGUCAAUGGAAACUUCCUUGCACCCAACAGACGUACUCAGAAAUGGCGUCCAUACGAGCCCGAUGACGAGCUCGAGGGCGUUGAUGUCGAUCAGAAAUACAUGGAGUUACCCCACAGAUACGCUGCCGACUACCCUAGUAGGGAGCGGCAAGUACGAUGUCAAGAAGCCAUCAAGCGGUGGCAGCCAUGGGCAGAUAGGCUAUUGGAGAUUUUGGGACUUCAAAAGUCCGAUGUCCUCCAUUUCUUUGCCCAAAAGUCUGGUCACUCGGAUGACUUCAAAGUCUAUUUGGCCUCUUUGCCCUUGUCAGCUUCCAGCGCUCUUCAGGCAGAGGUAGAUCGCCAGUGCACAACCUGUGGCAUUGCCGAUAUGCUUAAUGAAGAAAACAUCGAGAGCGGGCUCCAUUCGAUGGAGCAUACCAAACCUACUCCCCAAACCAUUGCCCUCGCCGGCCUUGCGGCUCAUGCAUUUCACAACAUGACCAACAUUAGUCUAUGGCAUCUAGCGAUAGGCGGGUAUCUCCUGCCUCCGUCUGAUCCAUUGGAUCGCGAGGAAGAUGUCGAUGCGUGUCACGUCUGCAACACUGAUACCCGGCCGAGCAGAGAUGGUGUGGAACCAUGUGCAAUAUGUUUCUGUCACAGAUGUCCCCAUCAUGGUACCUUUCACGACCCUUUUAAUUUUGACGAGGAGUCAAGGUACAGGGAACACGACGUCAAAGUUAUCGUUGACGAUGACGAAAGCCAGUAUAACGUCCGACAUUUUGUUUCUCUGCCAGGCCGACCUUUUGAUGACCAUACCCAGAAUAGUCAUCUCUGCGGAAUCUUUUGUGUUGACGCGAAACAAUCUUUACGCUCAGUCUUGGGUCUCCAAUCAGACGGCACUGUUGCUGGUGCCUGUCGAGAGCUCGAGCAGGCCCGAGCAGCGUUCAACGAUGAUGAGCUCUGCAGUGAUGCCUGCUUCUGGAAAAUCAGCAACAGGCCAAAUACGGACAUUUACGAGACUCCCUUAGCCCCGGGUGUCCCUAAAUCUGCCGUAGACCUGAUCAACAAGAUGAUACCGUUCUAUCUUGCCAGUAAGCGAGGACCAUGUAGUAUCUCGAGGAUGAUACGAGAUGUGAGCUGCGAGGCAGUCUUUGAACAUAUGUUGCACCAGAUGCAACAAGUACCUCACCAAGACGAAAGCACCGCCUCUGACGUCGACGGCGACAACACGGCACAAGUACAAGAUCAACUGCGAAAGCGAAAAGGGCCUGUGAUGGACGUCUCUAGGAGCAUGGAACUUGACAAGAGGCCUUCAUUCACGCCAUGCUCACACCACGGCCCCUGCACCAAGGAAAAUAACUGCAGCUGCGCGUUGAACAGAGUUCACUGCGAGAGAUCUUGCGGGUGUCCAGAAGCUUGCACGAGGCGCUUCAAAGGCUGCACGUGCGUGGCCAAGGGAAACAAGGUUUGCUUCAAGGAUCAACGUUGCGAGUGUUGGAAGUUGAACCGUGAAUGCGAUCCAGACAUCUGCCGGAAAUGUGGUGUUGUCGAGGUACUAGACUCGUCCAACAAGUACAAGGAGGAGUUCCGGAUCGGCAGAUGCAGGAACAAUCGAAUUCAACUGGGUGUUCCGGCAGCUACCACGAAAGCUCCCAGUCAAAUCCAAGGGUACGGCCUCUAUAGCAGAGCUUACAUCGCUGCGGGAGAUUUCAUUGGAGAAUACGUUGGCGAAGUCCUGACUCAGGCAGAAGGCAACAGACGAGGUGCCAUGUACCAUGUUCUCAACCAGGAAUAUCUCUUCAUGACCAAUAGAGAGCAAGAGGUUGAUGCAUCCAACAACGGGAACAAGAUGCGCUUCAUGAACAACUCUCUCCUAGAUGCCAACAUCAAUGUGGAACCUCGCAAACUCCUGUGUAGCGGAGUGGUGCGAGUUGGCCUCUUUGCGCGGCGGGCGAUCAAGGCAGGCGAGGAGCUUCUUUACAACUAUUCGUAUCCAGAGGAGGUCACCAGAACGUUCUGGGAGCCUGGGGAGCGAGAUGCUCAUGCUCGGCGGCUUAUUCCGAUGUCUUCACAUCGGAUCGCACGUACUACGGGCACGAACAAUAUGGCUGGGGUUACAAAUGGCGGCCCCAAACCAGCGUUACAGAAGAAGAGCAAGAAAAGAAAGAGACGUGUCAUCGAAUCCCCUGUGUCAGAUGUUGACAUGGAAAGUGCACAAAGCGCAGAGGAUUUUACAGAAUCCGAAGCAACGAUGCUCCCGGAGAUUGGAGACUCGGAAGAGUCCGAAUAUGGCAUUAACGGUCUCGCAUCGGAGGACGAGGAGACUGAUGGGCUGAUGGAUGUCGCCGUCAAUCCCAAGGUCAGAUGGAAGGUGGCACAAUCGAGGCCUCGCGCAGGCGUGGCGAGUGGCAUUCAUGCAGGGCAUCACCCUAAGAGCAAGGCUCCACACAGAAGAGUACUUUCUGAUUCACCUGUGCGUCAAAGAUCAAUCAAUCCUGGUGACAAGAGAUUGGGGGGGCGAGCACAGCAAAAAGCAUGGAGGACACGCAAGCAGCGCGAGGCCAUGAGAGAAGCGGCACAACGAUAAUGCUAUUAGUGGUUUGGGAAAAGCAGGCGAAAAUCGUGAUACGAAUAUCAAGUGUCUGAGCAGUGCGAUGGCAUGAGAGUUACCCAGCGCG